AAUUGUGUAAUUUUUUGUUUUUUUUUUUUUAAAGAAAGAGGGUAUAUAAAGGGAUAAAGAAGAGAAACAACUUCCCAUCUAUUCCCAUCGUUAGUUGAUAUGGAGUUCCAUUCUUAUUGUAAUUUGGGAGACUAUCUUUCUUUGAGCCCGCUUCCCUCAAAAUUUUUGUGGUUUAACAGACGCAAGAAUAAAGUUCCGAAGAGAAUCAAGCAAACUUCCCUUGGAUAUUGGGAGAAGGCUCCAAGUGAAAUCAUGGACGUUAUCGAAGAGCUAGUUUCAAAGAGAAUUAAGCAAACUUCCAAUGGAUAUUGGGAGGAGGCUCCAGGCGACAUCAUGGAAGUUAUUGUAGAGCGGCUAUGUAUAUCUGAUCGCAUACGUAUGAGUAUCGUCUGCAAAUAUUGGGAAGCAAUUGCUUUGCAGAAACAUAUCCCCACCACCCCCCAAAUCCCAUGGCUAACGCUACCCCACGUUAAGAACAGCAGACACUUGAGCUUUUUUGACAUGUCCGCGGGUAAACUACACAAGCUGAAGUUGCCAAAGCGAUUGCAAGGAGCGAUAUGCUGCGGAUCUUCGAAAGGUUGGUUGCUUAUGGCCAAGGAUUGUCCGUCCCUUCGAUGGGAUAAGUUGGCUAAUUAUUGCAACGGAGUAAUACAGGCUACAAUCCCCUCACUUGGCCAUGCUCUAUCUCUGUCGCCAACACCUGAAUCAGAAAUCUUUCUAUUCAAUCCAAUUUCAAGAGAGGUACACCAACUACCUUCUCUAUUUACAAUUCCCGGUUAUCAACAGUUUCUACGAGAAGACGAACAAAAUGAACACAAUAUUUCAUGCUUCGCCCGAGGGAUCGUACUAUCCUCAGCCAACAUUUCAGAAUGUAUAGUUGCAGGAGCUUUUGACCCUUGUGAUCCCACUCCUAUAAUGGUUGCAAUCUGCAGGCCAGGAGACAAGCAAUGGAGCAUUUUUAGUCGUAAAGGUGAAGUUACGGAUUUCAUUUUUGUUGACUUCCUCUUUACUAAGAGAACACUGCAUGUGAUAAGUAGCGUAGAACACUUCGAAAAUUACAAUUUAGAAUUAGCUGGGUGUGAAGUGAAUUUAAAUAUAAUUCCCUGUUUGCACAUUGAACCUGAAGACGUCACUCUAGAGAUUGGGCUCAUGGCGAAUGAUUUUUUCUUAUUGUCAAAGAACUCAUCUAAUUUAUAUUUAGUAGAAUCAGCUAGCAAUGAAAUACUUGUAAUCAAAAGAAUCUAUGACGAAUUUCAUAGGAUGGAUCAAGAUGACGGUAUUCCACUAGACUGCUACGAAACAAGUAGCUUUCAUGUAUACAAGAUGGAUCCUGGUACUGGUCAGUGGCAUAGGUUGAACAACAUAGAUGGCCAAGUAUUGUUCAUAGGUUAUGGAGGUUCAUUAUCUCUUUCAGCCAAAGACUGUCCAGGGAUUCAAGGAAAUUGCAUUUACUUUACUGAAGAUGCACAUUACUGUUGUGAAGAUCCAGGCCCCAUCCUUUCUCGCGAUUGUGGUGUCUUUUACCUACAAGAUGGAAGAAUUGAACGGUCAUUUCCUGGUGUCAAACUUCCAUCGCCUUCUCGAAUAAAAAAGAGAGAAAGAACCCGUGAAACUACCUCUCUGCUCUCUCAGAAUCGCUUCAAAAACUACUCUUCUUAUCACCCUACCUUCUUAUUAUGGCUCGUUCUCAGACUUGGAUCACUCAUAUCGGAUUUUUUGGAGGUCUCACUCACUUCCUGGGCAAAUGGAGUAAGCAGAAUGAUGACGGUCGUCGACCUCCGAACCGCCGCCACUUUUCAAAGAAGCGGACAUGCCUUGGAAAAAUAA